GCCGCCAACAUGGGCUGCGUUCGCACCAAGACCGUCAAGAAGGCGGCCCGGGUCAAGAAGCUCCGCAACAAGAUCGCCGGCUAUGUCACGCACCUGAUGAAGCGCAUCCAGAGGGGGCCCAUGCGCGGCAUCUCCAUCAAACUGCAGGAGGAGGAGCAAAAACGGAGGGACAACUACGUGCCCGAAGUCUCGGCCCUGGACCAGGAGAUCAUUGAGGUGGAUCCUGACACUAAGGAGAUGCUGAAGCUCUUGGAUUUCGGCAGUCUGUUCAACUUGCAGGUCACCCAGCCCACAGUUGGGAUGAAUUUCAAAACGCCGCGUGGAGCUGUGUGAAUGUGGUUCCCUAUAAUUGCAAAUAAACCUCAUCGAACUCUUAAAAAAAAAUAAA